AUAAUACAUCUCAUUACUUGUGUGCUCAACUCACGCCGCAAUGGAGGAAGACAUCUCUUGCACCGAACUGAUCAACAACCUGACUCGUCUGCGCAACGAGACAAUCGAUGAAUUCCUGGAGAGAGCGAUGGGUCCAAAGCAACUGGGUCUGGAUAUCCUGUUGCCAGUCUCCGUCACCUAUGUGCUCAUAUUUGCGACCGGCGUGCUGGGCAACGUUGCCGUCUGCGUCGUCAUAUUUCGCACCGACGAACUGAAAAGCGCCACCAACUUCUAUCUGAUCAGUAUGGCGCUGUCCGAUUUGUCGCUGCUCCUGUUAGGGUUGCCGAACGAUCUAUGCUUGUUUUGGCAACAAUAUCCUUGGCCUUUUGACAUAAGCUGGUGCAAAUUUCGAGCUCUCAUUUCAGAAAUGGCUUCGAACACUUCGGUGCUGACCAUAGUGGUGUUCUCGAUAGAGCGCUACGUGGCGAUCUGCUUCCCGCUGCGCAAAGGCAACUUCUUCCUGUCGGACCACGAGCGAAUUGUGCGCGUCAUCGCGUGCGUGUGGCUUGUAUCGCUUGUGUUCGCCACUCCCUUCGCCGCAUUCACAACCAUCAACCACAUCAACUACACUAACACCACAUGUCAGGUAGCCGACUCAGCAUUCUGUGCAAUGCUGGACUCAAAUGUGCCUCCCUGUCUGCCGAUCUACGAGCUGAGCGGCCUCCUCUUCUUCCUCCUCCCCCUGCUCACCCUCAUGGUGCUCUACCGCAAGAUGAAUGAGGCGCUCAACAACAGCCCCUUCUGGAACAGCCGCUCCACCAAAACCGGGAAAACCGGAACUGGUGUGUCGGGCGAAUCGCGGCGGUUCAACAACAACAAUGACCGCAAUGCAGCCACCACGGUACGCAUGUUGUGCAUCGGCAUAGAUAUUCGCGUAGCCGACUCAGCAUUCUGUGCAAUGCUGGACUCAAAUGUGCCUCCCUGUCUGCCGAUCUACGAGCUGAGCGGCCUCCUCUUCUUCCUCCUCCCCCUGCUCACCCUCAUGGUGCUCUACCGCAAGAUGAAUGAGGCGCUCAACAACAGCCCCUUCUGGAACAGCCGCUCCACCAAAACCGGGAAAACCGGAACCGGUGUGUCGGGCGAAUCGCGGCGGUUCAACAACAACAAUGACCGCAAUGCAGCCACCACGGUACGCAUGUUGUUUGCAGUUGUGGUGACAUUUUUCCUGUGCUGGGCUCCGUUCCAUCUACAGAGGCUGCUCUAUAUCUAUGGACAAAACCUCAAGCACUACCUGCUCAUCAAUGAGUGGUUGUACUAUAUAGCGGGAUUCUCCUACUAUGUAUCGGCCACUAUCAAUCCUAUUCUGUACAACCUUAUGUCAUCCAGGUUCAGACGCGCGUUCCGCAAGAACAUCUGUACAAGCCUGUGCUGGGCGGACGCACGCAGCAGUCAGCGACAACGACACUACAACUCAACACAACGCGGCUCAUUCACGUUCAAGCGACGUCGCAAUGUGGCGCGACGCAACCGACCACGACGCGGCAGUUCACGGCAGCAAUCGGUCGACUUGGUCGUAGAGCUGGAACAGCCGGAACUGGCUGCCCAUAGUCACUGCAGGCAGCCUUGUCUGCUCUAAGGAGACAUAGCUCAACAAGACUACGCUCAACCAGUACUGGUUAGUUAGCUGGCGAUUAGGGAACCGUUCAUUUGAAGGAACACUGAGUUCAAAAUGAGAAAUGCUAUCAAAGAUCAGUAAGAAGUACGCUCAACCGGUGGUUAGAUAACUGGAAUUGGAGGACAGUUAAUUCAAGGAACACUGAGUUCAAAAUAAGAAAUGUUGUUCGAGCUCAGUAAGAGCUAAGAAGUACGGUACGCUUAACCGGUGGUUAGAUAGCUGUCGAUUAGGGAACCGAUGUUUCGAAGGAAUUCUGAGUUAAAAAUGAGAAAUGAUGUUAUUGAAGCUCAGUAAGGAGUAUACUCAACCAGUGGUUAAAUUAGCUGGCGAUUGGAGGACUGGUGACCGUUGACUCAAGGAACAAAGUUGAUCAAUCAACAAUUACUUCGAAUAAGGAACACUGAGCUCUAAAUAAGAAAUAAUUGUAUAGUUAUUAGAGCUUAGAAUGAAAAGUGAAGCCCUGUAUUCUCAAGAAUGAGCCAAUAUACUCACAGUUCAAAGUGGUUCUCACUGUUCAUCAACAAUGAAGCUCUGAUGCUUUCCCUUGAACUUCUACUCCAUUAUGAUGGGCAGAAGAAUAAUUCACAAAAAUGUUGGGCCUUCUCAAACAUUAUCAUUCUGUUGAUGUGUAAAAAGUACCAAAAUAACCAACAGUGAAUUAUAUAAUUUUAAACUAUUUUUGACUACACUACAGUCUAAUUUUUGAAUAAUAGUUAUGAAGAACUAGUACUCACGUGUGGAGCGCUUUUGGAUUUUUACAUCCAUUUUUAAAACCUUCCAUUAGAAUUAUUUUCAAAAAUUAGACUGAAGUGUCGUCAAAAAUACUUCAAAAAGAGUUAUUAACUAGCAGUCGUCAUGGAAAUUGGAAUAGGUUAAUAGUAAAAUCAUUCUUCUCCUGGACUGAAAAAAUUCCAUUGAUUCUUAUUGAAGAUCUUACAAAUUUUCAUUCUGUCAAUGUGUGGAAAGUCCCAAAAGAACAAAUUGUAAUUUAUUUCUGCCCAUCAUAUUGGAGUAGGAAUUCAUGGGAAAGCAUUAGAGCAUUACUGUAAAGCAUAAUGUUGAUGAAACAGUGAGAAUCACUUCAAACUGUGAGCAUAAGCCAGAACGGGAGCCAAUGAUGUUUGUUAUUUAUACACGAGGAGCCAACAGUUGCAGUUGAUUGAAUCUCUCUGUAGGAGGAAGAGGAAACUAAUGAUCAAAUAUAGUGGGAGGGAACCGUUGUAGAGGUAAUAUUGAUAAACUAAUUUGAAGGGAUUGAUGUUGAUUUGUAGGGGGUCUAUCAAGUUACCGUGAUCCAAAUGCAACUGUUCAUUGUCUAGCCAGUUUGGGAAUCUCUGAUAAAAAUCGCCAUUAUCGGAAGCAACAGCUGUUAACUGAAUGACUGAAAACAAUUUGGAAACUGGUUGGACACAUUUAAAGGAGACUGUCGAUCAAUUUGAUGAGGAAAAUUUGAUUAACUGACCAUUAUUAAUUAGAUGUGACUAUUGAUGAGUAAGAAAUGAGUUGAUCAACUAUUCAACUUUAUGAAAAUUAUAUUCAAAAUCAAGGAAAUCUAUUGGUAUUAUUUGAAGGAAGCAGUUGAUGACGAUUAAUUCAAAGGAACUCUUGUGAAUUUGAAGAGAAUAUUUUGAUUAAAUUAUCAUAUUUGAUGGAAAGGGAACAGUUCUAUGAAUGUGCAAGUAACCCCGUUUAUCAAGAAUACCCCUGUUCAAUAAUUAUUGUUUUAUUCGCUUGAAGUCCAUUGUAUCAGUCUUUGACUGGACUUCAUGCAGUAUUUUUAUAGUGAAGAUGAUUAUGAAUCAGAAAGCAAUUGGAUAUUUGUGUGAUUCAUUGAUCAAAAAAUUCUAAUGAUAUGAUGAUUUCCAACUUUUACUACUCAUGUCCAAUAUAUUAUUCCCAAAAAAUCACCAAAAAUUAAUUUAGAUCCGUAUUUACAAUUUCAUUCCAAAUCAAUGUGAAUAAAUUUGUUAAUUUACUAUUUAUAUAUAUUCAUGAUCCGCUGGUUAUUCUUACUCCAUCAGAGAACAAACUACAUAAUAGGCUAUUUGUAUGUCAAAAUAAUACCAAGUCCCUUAUACGUUUUGAUGUCAUAAAUGUAUCAAUCUACAUUGUCAUAUUGGUUGAGCUCAAGGCUCAGUCGAAUACACUGUAUAAUUUAGUUUUCGGUGUUGAAUAUGUUAAGUGGAAUCAUUGGUUGUGAAAAACAUUAUGUACAUAAAUUAUAAUAUAUUUUAUUAAUGUCGACAA